CGUGUCCGUGCUAAAAUAGGAGCCUGUGCUCUGGAUGUAGGGGGAGAGCUGCUGAGAAAUAGGGGAUUUACCAUAUGUAAGCGGGGCGUUUGGCUUAAUAUUUCUUGACGACUAGCCCUACGCACUUACCUACACAGGUGCCUUGGGGUCCGGGGUGACUGUGGAUGUGUGUCCGGACCCCGAAGAGGUGUGAAAAGAGGACCCCCCGCCCCAGGGAGACAGUUGAAGGAGGAAGAAGAGGAGGAGGAGGAGGUCAGGAAGAGCUGGGUUCGUGUGUUGCACCCACACUUUGUUCGGCACCGGGAUUGGGGGCAGAUUCAGAAAAUGUCAACUGAAGGUCAAAGAGUGGAUGACAGUCCGAGCACUAGCGGAGGGAGCUCUGAUGGAGACCAGCGGGAUGGGGUUCAAAAUGAGCAAGAUCGGGAAAAAGUACAACCCAAGAAGAAAGAGGGAAAGAUAUCCAGCAAAACAGCUGCCAAAUUGUCUACUAGUGCCAAAAGAAUUCAGAAAGAACUUGCAGAAAUAACACUGGAUCCCCCUCCAAACUGCAGUGCUGGACCUAAAGGAGAUAACAUUUAUGAAUGGAGAUCAACCAUACUAGGGCCUCCUGGAUCCGUUUAUGAGGGAGGGGUGUUCUUUCUUGAUAUAGCAUUUUCACCAGAUUACCCCUUUAAGCCACCAAAGGUGACAUUUCGGACAAGAAUUUACCACUGUAACAUAAACAGUCAGGGGGUGAUCUGUCUCGACAUCCUGAAAGAUAACUGGAGCCCAGCACUCACAAUUUCCAAAGUCCUCCUGUCUAUCUGCUCUCUGCUCACAGACUGCAACCCUGCGGACCCUCUUGUUGGAAGUAUCGCCACCCAGUACAUGACCAACAGAGCAGAACAUGACAGAAUGGCCAGACAGUGGACCAAGAGAUACGCUACAUAGGAAUAUAACAAAGUGGACCUGUGCAAGCACAUUCACUAAGUGCAUCAAUAGCUCUUUUCUUUCUUUUCUUUUUUGUUUUUGUUUUUUUUUUUUUUUUUUAAUUCUUUAACAGUUUGUGACAAAAUACUGUAUGUCCUUUUUUAUUAAGACUUUAACUUGAAUUUCCCUAAGAAAUAACUGGGAAUUUUAGUUUCUGUGCAAGAAAUGUUGAAAUAUGUGAUAGUAUAGAGCUUUGUUUGAAAGCAUUGUAUCAAUAUUUGUGUUUCCUGUUUUGUUUUUAUAUUGUAUUCCUAUUUUAUGAGGGGGUAUAAUUUAAUUUCAAGUUGCCCCUCUACAUAGACUAGAGUUAGAUUUGAUUUUUGUUACAAUUUGAUCUUUUUGUACUUAAAGUCUUCAUGGUGGGUGCAUGCUCCAGGGAACAAACUUUUAUAGAUAACAUUUGCAAUGCGGAAUCUCCGUGCGUAACAAGGAAGUGAUUCUCCCACAGAGGACUUUCUGAAUGAACAAAAAAAAAGGUGUAUUUUGAACUAUUUAAAAUGCUUGUAAAUUAAUUUAGCAGGGUGUGGAGCAUUUGAUGUACACUUGUGUUAUAAAGCACUCAAUAAAGACACUGCGACUGA